CGGUUUAGAAGAAUCAGAAGCCUUCGCAAAAAGGAAACAUCUGCAAGUUCGUCAAGUUCCUUGUCAACAGCGAAAACACCGAUGGCACGCAUGAGAUCAUCAUUCAAUAGAAUUAGAUUUCGUAGGAGGAGAAAUGCUGUCAGCGAGAGGAAAGUUGAUGAAGGGCAGAAACUUCAAGCUUAUGAAAGGAAGUCUCUCCGUCUGACAUCUCAAGAAAGAGAGUUACUAAUGGGAGAUGACACGAUAUCAGGCGAUUUCGGCGUUACCGGUGACAUGACGACAGCUGAAGGAAAUGCCUUUAGCAGGAGACCGCUUGAUGCUCGGCUGACGUGGUCGAUGGCUGUCCUAGAGCAGGGAGCCCUGUAUACCUUAAAAACCUUCAGAAAAAUUAAACGAUUUAAGCCGCCGGGAGUUACCUUUAUUGCUUUCAAUUCCAAUCCUAAGAAGAACAGAUACAAUGAUAUACACUGUAUGGACAAGACCCGCGUUAUACUUCGAAAUCAUUCGUGCGACUACAUUCAUGCUAACUGGCUGACAAGCUUCAACGGAGUGAAGUUCAUAUGCACGCAGGCUCCUAUGGCCAGCACUUUGUCAGAUUUCUGGCAUAUGAUCUUACAAGAAAAUUGUCGUACUAUAAUCAUGCUAUGCCAGCUAGAAGAAGAUAACAAAGAAAAAUGUGUACGGUAUUUUCCCGAAAAAGCUGAGACACCAUUCACCGUUGACAAUACCGUUGUUACCUUGAUAAAACAAACGUGGUCUGAGGAGCAUGGCAUAAUGACAUCAGUAUGGAGUGUCAGAUGCAAGGAACGUGUGUUUGAAGUGCGGCACAUACAAUAUAAGAAAUGGCCGGAUCACUCUGCUCCAAGUGACACCGUAGGAGCAGUCGAACUUCAUCGUGAAAUUCGGAACUGUCCUAAGGGGCAUCCUAUCGUGGUGCAUUGUUCCGCUGGCAUUGGAAGAACCUGUACUCUAAUAGGGGUGGAGUUGCUACUGGAACAAUCAAGAUGGCUGAAUUAUUACUCAGGCAGAAGUAUUGUCAAAACGAUGCGGCGGUCUAGACUAGGUGCUGUUCAGAGAGCCAUACAAUUCUUAUUCAUGCACUAUGUUCUCUUGGAUCUUUUUUGCAAGGAGAAGUUGUUGAACAGCGACGAUGUUCGACUGAUCCAGUUCCGUAAUGUAUAUGAUCAACUAGUAAAGGAGUCGAACAAAUUACGUUUACAAAAGAAGAAAAAGAAAAAGGCGGAGCCGAAAGCACACGAAAAUGCGCUUGAAGAAGGCAGAACUCAAACUAAGACUACCAGCGGAUUAAAAGUCAAUGCCGAUUGAAUAUUAUGACUUAAUUAAGCUCUUUUGUUUAAAUACGUACAUUCAGACAAAUUCAAUACUCGUGAUUUCACCACUUGGUAUAUCUUACUCGUGUAUGUUCUGUCAUUGUAAGCGAUAAAGUGUAUG